CCAACCUGGGGGAGAUAAGGGUAGUGCGGGAACCCUCUGAUUGUUUCUUCUCUCGCUUGCGAGGCUCGUGCUAACAGCCCACCGCAUUGAGCCUCCCUCAGACUACGCCAUAGACAGUCAUAGUCGUAGCGAGAAGCAGUGGAGUGCUAAACGCGAGUCGCAAUGGUUCUGGGGACGACGUUUGUGCUGGUCUUCGUGCCAGCAUCAGCCGUCGUGGGCAUUUUGUUUGCCCUCACUCAGUGGUUCAUCGUGUCGAAGAUCCAGGUUGGCGCUGGUCGCGUCUCCAACAAUGGCUACAUGCAUGUGGACGAGGAUGGUGUCGACGAUUCAGAAGUGAAUGCCAAGUGUGCUGAGAUCCAGGCCGCCAUCUCCGAAGGUUCCGAGGCAUUCUUGACGACAAUGUACACGUACUUGGCAAUCUUCAUGGGGUUGUUCUCCGUGAUCAUCUUCGUGUUCCUUGCCUCCGUGGGCGGGUUCAGCUUCGAUAGGCAGCCAUGCGACUACGACCAGACGAAGUCGUGCCCUUCGUCCAUUGCGAGUGCUUUCUUCAGCACUGUGGCGUUCAUUCUGGGAGCACUGACGUCGACGCUGUCCGGGUACUUGGGGAUGAAGAUCGCGACGUACGCGAACGCUCGGACGACCCUGGAGGCCCGCAAGGGUGUGGGGAAGGCGUUCGCGAUCGCGUUCCGGUCGGGAGCCGUGAUGGGAUUCCUGCUGGCUGCGAACGGUCUGCUUGUGCUGUUUUUGACGAUUUUGGUGUUCAAGUUGUACUUCGGCGACGACUGGGUUGGUCUGUACGAGGCCAUCACCGGGUACGGUCUGGGAGGAUCUUCGGUGGCCCUGUUCGGGCGCGUGGGAGGAGGAAUCUACACGAAGGCGGCGGACGUGGGCGCGGACUUGGUGGGGAAGGUGGAGCAGAACAUCCCCGAGGACGACCCCAGGAACCCGGCGGUGAUUGCGGACAACGUGGGAGACAAUGUGGGAGACAUCGCGGGAAUGGGCGCGGACCUGUUCGGGUCAUUCGCUGAGUCGACGUGCGCGGCGUUGGUGGUGUCAUCGAUCUCGUCGUUCGGGAACGACAAGAACUUCGUGGCGAUGUGCUUCCCUCUGCUGAUCAGCUCGGCGGGUAUUUUGGUGUGUUUGUUGACGACGUUGGUGGCGACGGACAUAAUGAGCGUGAAGGGAGUGAAGGAGAUCGAGCCGACGCUGAAGAGGCAGUUGGUGAUCUCGACGGUGCUGAUGACGGUGGCGAUAUUUUUGAUAUCGUGGUUCGGGCUGCCGGAGACGUUCACGAUCAACGUGGUGGGGCACGAGGCGAAGGUGGUGAAGAACUGGCACAUAUUUUUCUGCGUGGGAUCGGGUCUGUGGGCUGGGCUGAUCAUCGGGUUCGUGACGGAGUACUUCACCAGCAACGCGUACACGCCUGUGCAAGACGUGGCGGACUCGUGCAGGACGGGAGCGGCGACGAACAUCAUCUUCGGGCUGGCGCUGGGAUACAAGUCGGUGAUAGUGCCGGUGUUUGCGAUCGCGGUGGCGAUCUAUUUGAGUUUCAGUUUGGCGGCGAUGUACGGGAUCGCGGUGGCUGCGUUGGGAAUGCUGAGCACACUGGCGACGGGUCUGGCGAUCGACGCGUACGGUCCGAUCAGUGACAAUGCGGGAGGUAUCGCGGAGAUGGCGGGAAUGAGCCACGAGGUUCGGGAGAGGACGGACGCUCUGGACGCGGCCGGGAACACGACGGCAGCGAUCGGGAAGGGAUUCGCGAUCGGGUCGGCAGCGCUGGUGUCGUUGGCGCUGUUCGGGGCGUACGUGAGCAGGGCGGGAAUCGCGAGCGUGGACGUGAUCCAGCCGAAGGAGUUCGUGGGGCUGAUCGUGGGAGCAAUGCUGCCGUACUGGUUUUCGGCGAUGACGAUGAAGAGCGUGGGGAAGGCGGCGCUGGCGAUGGUGGAGGAGGUGCGGAGGCAGUUCAGGACGAUCCCGGGGCUGAUGGAAGGGACGACGAAGCCGGACUACAAGAGGUGCGUGAAGAUAUCGACGGACGCGUCGCUGAAGGAGAUGAUUCCGCCGGGCGCGCUGGUGAUGCUGACGCCGCUGAUCGUGGGGACGCUGUUCGGCGUGGAGACGCUGGCGGGGCUUUUGGCGGGUGCAUUGGUGUCGGGAGUGCAGAUCGCGAUAUCGAUUAGUGAGAAUUGUGAUUUGUUUUCGGGUUACCUGAUUAACAGGAUUGCUAGAUUACAAACAGCUCUUAGAAUUCUGGACUUGGAUGUCGGAGUGACUGGGAAUUUAAGCAUGGUGGGCUUCGUCAGUUUCACUUAUGAAAUGCCCGGUCCUGUCACUUAUUUGUGUAUUGCUGUUGAAGGGUAUUACUAA